AUGGGAAAGACAUUCAAAAAUAUCCACGCUUGUGCCAUUGGCAGGUUCCCUGUCAACGGAGAUAAGGUCCCACAGUGGAUACUGGCCCAUGGAGGGACCUUUUCGAAGGACGUCACCGAGGAUAUUACGCACUUGAUUACCACGAGGGAGACCUUCGAAAAGAAUGUCGAAGCAGGUAUGGCACCCACUAUUCCGUUUUGCAGCCGAGACUACGCAAUUACUAAGGUUGCCGAUGGAGCAGUUCAGAAAGCCAAGCUUCUGGAAACAGUCAAGAUUGUAACCUAUGACUGGCUCGAGGACUCUUUGCAGUCCAAAACCCGUAAGCCGAAGCCCGAGGGAGCCUAUCUUUUGGCGAAUGUCCCGAACAAAGAGAAAAAGAAGCAGAGACGAGCCGUAAAGGUCCAAAGGAGGCAGUUGAAGGCCAAGGACAAGUCAUCGGACUCCAAAUAUCAAGCGAACUAUCACGUCUAUGUUGACCAGGCCACUGGGGAGACAUACAGUGCUACUAUUUACCGCCAAUUGUCUCGGAAUAAUACACGCGAGAAAUUCCAGAUCAAGGUUCACGAGUCAAACGGCGUUCCUCACACUUACGCGACGCAAGCCAAGUACAGUCGUACCGGAAAGUCCACUGACGAGAUUCUCGCGCUUCCCGGCAGUGACCAGGACACUGCCAUAGCAGCAUUCACAGACUUCUUCGCGGCCAAGACGGGAAAGAACUGGGAGAAUCGACUGGAUGGGAUCCCUAUGCCUCCGAAGCAGGACAUCGAUGGAAAGGAACUUCCGGCCCAUGAUGGCUGGUUCUACUAUGAAACCGGCAGAUCUCUUCUUUCGAACUUUCUUCGCCAGGGGGAGGCUCAAAGUUCUGCAACGUGCUAG